UGGCGAAGUGGUCGUUUGGUGACGGUCCUCCAAUGUGCUCGUGGGCUAUUUGGAAUCCAAAUGCGCCUUCACGAAGUGGAGUACGGUACAGCAUACCGAGGGGUGUAAACAUCCACGACGUGUUUCGAGAAAAAGGGGUAACUGUUCAUUUCGAGGCAGUAGUUCUGGAGGACUUCUGUAAAUUUAACACUAUUUUGGGAGGUGGGAAGAGGAAGAAUGAAAGAGGUCUUCCAACAGAGCGGUCGCAAUCAUGAACGGUGCCCUGUACAUUUCGUUUUUCCAAGGUCAGCUGGAGUCCGCGCUGGAGCAGGUUGUGCAGCUCUCCGUUCAGGAAAUCACCAACACCGUUGGGACCACUUUGAAUUCAAUGCUAUUGGAAACGGCCACCAAAGAGCAGGAAAACCAGCGUUUGAGGGCUACCCUUCAGUCUCGGGGAGGGAACGGGAAAAGCAAUGCGUCUAAAGGAAAAACAGACACGAACGAUGAAACAAAGCAACACACCCCCGGUCUGAGCCCUGGAUGUGGCGUUCAAUCCGAGACGCUCAGGCGUGAACAGAAAGCGCGAGCAGUUGGUCAGUUAAAAUCUGUUAUGGAACACGUGCUGGAAUUCGCCAUUUGUGAGCUGACUAAAAUCGUGGAAGACAGCUUUGACGACCUGCUCUCGGAGUUCACCAAGAAGGAGCGGGAAAACCAGAUAUUGAAAUGGCAGUUACUGGACAAGAACAUGAUGGAGGACAGUGAUGGGGCUGCUGUGGAAACGGAGGGCCGCAAAAAUGACUCCGCCUUUCCGAGCAGUUCCAGAGUAGAAAAGCAAGAGUCGAAAGGCCUGCAGGAUCAGUCACUCAAAAAAGAGUGUGAAAAGGAAAAAACUGAAACCACAAAUGAACCAGGUAAGCAGACUGUCAUCGAGGUGGCUCAGAACUGGGUGCCCAUCCUGGACAAAGUCUUCGGGCAGAAGUGGUGCAGUGACCUCUGGCAGAUCAAAGAGGUCACCAGCAGUAAAGGGGAGUGCACCGGGCUGAGCUCGGGCUCGGUGACUGACAUGGACAGCUUAAUUCGAGAGACGCUCAUGCCAUCUUGCCUGGCCACUCAGAGGAAGCUGGAGCUUGAGGUGGGGCAGCCACCAUGGUUGCCUCUAGACGAUAUGGAGGUUGUUUCUCUAACCUCUGAGACCGAAGGCGUUCCUGUCAUCAGCUCAUCAGGUGAUGACUCUCAAAUCAGAUCCCCGUCAAUGUUGCAAAGACUCCUGACGCUUCCUUCCCAGCUGCUCAAGGAUGACGAGGAGUCCAUGGAUGCCGUUCCCAGUCUGGAAGUGUCCAAAGACCCAGCUGAUCCGCAAGACGGUAAGGGCUCAAAGAGUGACCAGAUGAAUAAGAAAGAGGAUGAAGACGAGGAGGACGACGAAGAGGAUAAUGAGACGAUGGACAGGACUGAGUCCUUGAAACACAAAGUGACUUGA